UUGUAGAUAGAUGAAGGUGAAGGCUUCAGUUGGUCGGGUCGCUGUUUGCUGUUUUUGUGUGUUGAUGUGUUCAAUCUGAGACCAUUUUUGUCGCUGUGUUUAUUUAUUUUUUACUUUUACAUAGGGGUAGGCGGGGCAUUAUGGACACCCUAAGGUUUUUGCCAACUUUACCUGGCAAGAUGUCAAAAAAGUUUAGUUUUUUGAUACAUGUAUCCUUUUAAAGUCUAUUUAGCAUCUAUUGCAUAAGAAUGCUCACGAAGAAAAAUGAUUUAUCCACUUUAAAAAAUGUUACGAAAAAUGUUAGUUUUUCAUGACCGUCUUCAAGCAUACGGGGCAGAAUGGACACCCCCAUGGGGCAAUAUGGACACCAUGAGACUUUUACGAAUUUCGUACAUUAUUUACACCUAUAAAGUCAUUUCAUUACAAAACAACUAUUUUGGUUGAAUAAUACGCCGAAGUAGUUCAUUUUUGUUCAGUUAAUUUAAAUUCAGGCUGUUUUGGAUAAAGCUUCGUUUUUGUUGUCAUGUACAGCUGUGCCUAGAACAACUAUUUUCCACUGCUGUCGUUUUUUGACCAAUUUGUUUCACCCUAUGUCUACUAUAAUGAACAUUUAACCGGAAAUGUACCGAAAUCGAAGAAUUUGGUUGGUUUGUGAUUUAGCUUAUAUUUUUCCUUUGCCGCUUCUUUCAAAAAGGUGAGUGUCCAUUUUGCCCCGGCAGCAGAAGAUAUUUCCAAACUUGAUUUUUGAUAUAAUAAAGAAGAAAAUAUAAACAUGUUAAGUAUGUAGAUACAGCAAAACUACUUGCAUGUGUUCUAGAAAUAUCAGGUUUUAAUCGACCUGCAAUAAAUUAAUCACUAAAUCUUAUUUUAGAUAGUGUGAAAAUUAUAAUUUCCAUGCACAAAAAACGGAGGACGCAACUUUUUCGUGUAAAAUCAAGUAUAAUUUUAAUUUCGAAUGUUUCUUUCCUGAAACUACGUUUUAGACAAAUGGACUAUAUUCUCCAUUCAUUAAAAGUUCAAAAAAGUUCGCAUAUUUCAAAAUAUUGAGGGUGUCCAUUCUGCCCCGGGUGUCCAUAAUGCCCCGCCUACCCCUACAGAACCAUACGGGAUAGUGCAACAUAAUCAAUGUGAAGUAGAACUAUGCUGACCCCACUCGCAUAUCAGUCCCAUUUGAAUUUUCAUCACUAUCUCAAUGGAGGACAAAAAAUACCAAACCAUGAGCGUCCCAUAUUGAAAGUAUCCGCAUAACAGUCUUAUCAUGAAUUUGUGUAUCCUGUAACACAAAACUGAUUUUUUUAGUAAACAUAAUAUUUUUAACAGUUUUGUUUAUUGGGAUGCAAAGCAAUCUGUGUAAGUUUUGAGAUGAUCGAUUUUUUUUUUUAAAUUACUGUUUUACAUGAAAACGAAAUUUUGAAUGCCUAUUUUUCAAUUCCUACUUUUUACAAAAUGGCACUGUUUAGAAUAGAAAACGGGGGAAAAUUUCUUCCAGUGUAACAAUGAACUCGUUUGAUUCGUUUUGAGGCAUUUCUAGUUUAGUGCAUUUAUGAAAUAAUCAUUUCCUGUAACACUGCAAAAGUAGUAUAAAAACGGAUUUUCGUCAAACCAGACGUGUUUUCAUAUCGUGACGAGAAAUUACAGUCCACCGAAAUUGCUUCCCACGUGUGAUAUCAACAGGUAGGGUGUGGGCACCGGUUAUGGCCAGUCUAAGGGAAAUCAUUUUUAUACAAAUAACCAAUAAUCCAAUGAAAACUACCAAUGCGUUAAAUGAAAGGUUUCGAUCUAUAAUUUAUUAAAAAAAUGCAGAAAUCAAGCUAAUACUUGAUUUUUGUAUUAAAAGUGGCACUGGCCAAAAUAGAAGCCUUGUCGCAGCCAAUUACGUGUAUUUCUUAUGGGAGUGGCCAAAUUAGAAGCACCCUGGUUGAUGCGGCGUGUAGAGUUACAUCGAGCGACCCCCCAGUAUCGGACGACGCGCGCUCGGCGCGAACAUGAGUGGAGAGAAAGAGAAGAAAAAGAGUCAAUUUUUCAGUUGGAAUAAAUACGUUGAACAGUUCACACGCAGUGUUUCGAUUCAUUUGCAAAUCCUCAGAAAAACCAAUUCCUCCGAUCUAUUUCCCGAACAUUUUGGUCCAUUCGAGCCAGAUGACCGUUUUUGGGAUGGUUUUUUGUUGAUUUGUGGGGAAAUAUCGGUAAAACGAGAGAACUUUCUGAUUUCCACCUUGUGGAAAAUUCAAUCGGCGUCGACGCCGAGCGACGCGUCAGUGCAGUGUGUUGUGCGUACGCGAAACAUGUAUGAUCGUGUUUGAAACACGGAUUCUAAGUGAAGGGAAUUCCCUGAAUAAACUUGAACGAUUUGUGAACGAACAGUGAAAAGUGGUGGUCCCAUGACCGAAGAAACUCCUCAUACGCUACGGAGUAAACACCCGAGAAAGCUGCUUGGUUCUGUGAGUGGUACACCGGCGGCGAUUUACGAGUCCGUACAGAAGCAAAAGCAAAAACAAGUGAACAAAGAAAUGGCGAAGAAACUGGACAGAAUUCUCGAUCAUCGUGAUCUGGUGAAGGAGCGGAUGCUCCGGAUACGUGAGAGUUUGAAGCAGAACGUCAACAUUCACUGGCUCAAGCUACAACUGGAGACGCUUCGUCAGUGUAACGAUGAGUUGCAGAAAACGUACGUCGAAAUUUGUGACCUUGUUCCGCGAGAGCAGCGAGAUGAACACAAGCAAAAUCACUUCCGCUGCGAAGAGCUGCAUAACGAGUUGUUUGUGUACAUCCAAACGGAAGUCGCGAAGUGGAACGCGGCAGAAGAAGAAAAACAACGAGGAAGAAUGAGUGCGUUAGCUCCUGUUUUCGUACCGCAGCAACCGGUGGCAGUGAACAACUCGAUGCCUCACUUACAGGUACCACUGCCAACAUUCGAUGGCAGCCUUGAAAAUUGGUAUUCCUUCAAGUGUAUAUUCAAAACUAUAAUGAACAGGUAUCCCCACGAAUCCCCGGCCAUCAAACUGUACCACUUGAAGAAUUCGCUGGUCGGAAGCGCUGCCGGUAAGAUAGACCAAGACGUAAUCAACAACAACGAUUACGAAUCAGCGUGGAAGAUGCUUGAGGAAACCUACGAGGACGAGCGACUCAUCAUCGAUACCCAUAUAGACGCUCUACUCUCGUUGCCCAAGAUGACGAGUGAGAACGCUACUGAGUUGCGGAACUUGCUUGAUGCUUGCAUGAAACACGUUGACGCACCGAAGAACCGAUCGUUACCCGUUGAAGGACUCUCUGAGAUGAUCCUGGUCAAUGUAGUAGCGAAACGAUUGGGCAAGGAAACCAGGAAGUUGUGGGAGUCGCAGAUUCCGGCUGAUGAGUUACCUUCGUACACUGAUAUGAUCGACUUCCUUCGAGACCGGAGCCGCAUACUACAGAAGAUGAAAAGCUACGAGCAGUACCCACCGGCUCCAACCAAGCAAAGAGGAAAAUUCAUUGACCAGAAGCCCGCCCAAGCCAGGAAUGUUGCACAAACUUCAACGCAAUCCAACGAAGUGUGUGCAUGUUGCAACGGCGAUCAUGUAAUCUACAAGUGCGAUGUAUUCGAGAAUCUCACAGUGAGCGACCGAUACACCAAAGUGAGACAAGCUGGCCUCUGUUUCAAUUGUCUACGGCGUGGGCAUCGUACUGCAGAUUGCAACUCAGAAAGGACCUGCCGAACAUGUAAGCGUAGACAUCACAGCCUUCUCCAUGAAGAAAAAUCGACGACCACACAGCCGCAGGUUAGCCAACUUGCCGUGAAAGUAGAACCAGUCGCAAAAGAAGAUCCAGAAAAUGAUGAACCAACGCAAGAAUCGGUGAAUUGUGCCCGUACGGGCAUGACGAAACAAGUGCUCCUUUCGACGGCAGAAGUACUUGUUUGCGAUGCCAGCAACAGACGGGUGCUAUGCCGUGCGCUAUUGGAUUCCGGCUCCGAUGCCAACCUCAUCAGUGCGGCACUUGCGAAGAAGCUCAACGUCAUCCUACAACAUGUCAAUAUUCCGAUUAGCGGCGUCAAUAACGCCGCAACCCAAGUUAAGUAUAAACUUCGUACCAAGAUCAGCUCACGCGUUAAUUCAUUUGACGCAGUUCUAGAUUUCCUGGUCGUGCCGACGAUCACUGCUAACCUGCCCGUCACAAAGGUGGACACGCGCUCCUGGAACAUACCCGCUAACAUCGCUUUGGCGGAUCCGUCGUUCCAUGCUCCGGACGAAAUCCAGAUGAUCAUCGGUGCUGAACUAUUUUUCGAGCUGCUCAAGGGCGGCCGCAUGAAACUCGCUGGCGGAACACCGAUGUUGGUAGAAACGCAACUUGGAUGGAUUGUAAGCGGUCCAGUCAAGGUCAACCGAACCGGUCCCGCAUGUAGCGUAUGCCAGUUCAACCAUGCUGAAGAGCAACUUAACCGCACACUUGUGAGGUUCUGGGAGAUAGAGGCGUGCAACGAAGCAUCACCAUACACACCAGCGGAACAAGCCAUCGAAAAGCACUAUGAACAAACAGUAUCCCGCAACGAAACGGGUCGGUAUGUUGUCAGACUACCGUUUAACGAAAACAAAGGUCAACUAGGUGACUCGUUGGAAUCGGCCCGAUCUCGAUUCAACCGACUCCUGCGAUCGUUCGUGAACGAAGAAAAAAGGAAGCGCUACUCCGAAUUCAUGGCAGAGUACCUAGCACUUGGCCAUAUGGUUGAAGUUCACGGUCAGCCCGAUGAUUGUUACUUCCUACCACAUCACGCGGUCUACAAGGAGUCAAGCUCGAGUACAAAAAUCCGUGUAGUGUUCGACGCGUCGGCGAAGACCACAUCUGGUAUAUCGCUGAACGAUGCUUUGGGGGUAGGACCGACAGUGCAAAACGAUCUCAUCACGAUUCUUCUUCGAUUCUGCUGCUAUCCUGUGGUACUAACCGCCGACAUUCCGAAGAUGUACCGUCAGGUGCAAGUACAUAACGACGACAGAAAGUUUCAGCGUAUCCUGUGGCUCAACUCUAACAACGAAAUAGCUGCAUUCGAACUGACAACCGUUACGUACGGUUGCGCCAGUGCCCCCUAUUUGGCAACGCGCACGUUGAUGCAGUUGGCGAAAGAUGAAGCUGCCGAGUUACCGCUUGGAUCCAGAGUCAUUGUGGAAAAUAGUUACAUCGACGACUUCCUCACAGGAGGUAACAGUGAGCAAGAGGUGAUUGUAAUCUACGAGCAACUCACUGAGCUACUGCGACGAGGGGGCUUUGGAAUCCAUUAGUUCUGCACCAAUAGUAAAAUCGUUCGUAACAUCAUUCCAUCCGAACUUCAAGAAACACUUUUCGAUUUCGAGGAAGCCGACAUCAAUAACGUCAUCAGGACCCUUGGCGUCAUUUGGAACCCUGACGACGACUAUUUCACCUUCAACGUUAGUCCACUCCAUGGUAAGGUGACGAGCGCAUUGCCGACCAAGCGCAAUGUACUUUCUGCCAUUGGUCAGCUUUUCGAUCCAUGUGGGUAUCUUGGUCCUGUGAUUACGACAGCAAAGCUGCUGAUGCAAGAUCUAUGGAGACUCAAACACAAAACUAGCACAUCCGUAGCAGAGAUGCGUCGAGACUAUCGUACCCGAACCCACGAACAAAACAGUUGCGAUAGCAACUGCGAUCACUUCUUUCAGCGAACCGAUCUUCACUGAAGCUAAUUUUCCACCGAUGAACAGUAGCCAGUCGGCUCAAUCUACCCCUGAUGAAACUGAUACGUUCAUCGAAAUAGCGUCAAGAAGCAGACGCGCGCCGAAGCUGAACACCAAACCAAAACAGCUUCCAUUUUGGACCAAGUAGCACGAGUAACGACAAUAAUGCCUGGUUUACAUGGAGCACGUGACUUGAUUCAAGUCAAUGGAAAAUGCCCAAUAGACCAUUCCCGUCAAAAAAUUUUAUGUGCUCUACGGCUUUCCGACAAUUUAUUGAGUAAACUUUCCCAAAGAACCCAUAUGUUUUGAAGUCUCUAACUAUUGAAAAACAAUGAAAAACCUGCGAAGUAGCACUUUAGCCCUAUACUCUCCUCUAAAAUAUUUUUCCACAAAACCCGAUGAACCCCUUUCUCCCCUAUAGCUUGUUUGGAGAGAUGCGGAGAAUUUUCAAUCAGCUGGCUGUCAAAAUUGACGUUUGAUAUUUUUGUUUUGCUCUGCUGCCGUCCGCCCUCAAAACGACGCAACAAAAAAAAAAGCGGUUCCGAAGAAUCUGAUGUGGCCAGCAUACUUUUUCGAUUUCUAUUCUGGAUUUAAAUGGUUGUUGAUAGGAAGUUUACGGUCUGCUCGAUAUAAGACCACGCGAAUACAUCCCCCCAAUGGAACACUGGAACCGAGACUGGAACUAAGCCACCCGUCGACUUCUCUCAUGCAAAAUCUGAGCGGACAACGACGGCCAGGUGCAUUACGUGUUCGAAUCGAAGAACAGCGAAGCCGGGUAUGAAUCGUAACCCAAUCCAUACGUGGCGCGGAUCUUCUGGACCGCACGUUAGUGUGUCCCGUUAUGCGAAGACUGUUUUUUGUGAUGACACUGGGAACGGAACAAAUUUAUGUGGAUCUAUAGGAUACAUUGAAUGCUAAUUCGUACAUAAUGCCAAAUUCAAAGCUAAGACGAUUUUGGCCGCAGCGAAGUGCUGAAGAAGAAUGCUUAGGGCCAAUUUAUUCACCUUGGCUUACCUAUAAUUCCUGAAUAAAUCUAUUAAUAUCACGGAGA